UACAGCGUACUGCUGAUGCUCGUUGAAUCAUCAAGCUCAGCACACAGCAAUAGAAAUCAAUUUCCCAACGUUUGUUCUCGGUACCAGCACACAAAUGGCGGUCGUGCUCCGUUGUUCCUGCUUCCUUUCUCGUCCUCACUUCCGGCAACCUCCGCUUCUCGACCAGUUUUCAGGCAACAUGGGCCUCGUUCCUGGUCAGUGCUCCUGAUCGGAGAUGGGAGAUUUGUUUCUCUUUGGCUGAAAGUGGAUAAGUUUGUGCCAUUCAUGAAAGUUACAGUUGCUAAGUCUUCUGAAACUCAGCCAUUGCUGUCCUGCUCAAAGUGUCAGGAAGACAAAAACCUAAUGUUUCCAGCAAUGGUAUUUCUUGCCGACAAUAUUUUAAUGUUCUCCACCCCAUGUAAAGCUCUGGCAGAAACAUGUGAAGCUAAUAACUCAGCUUUCGAUAUGCCCUUACUGCUGUCAGUAGCACUCAUUGGGGCCACUGUUGGAGGGCUGCUUGCUAGGCAACGGAGAGGGGAAUUGAAGAGGCUGAAUGAUCAACUACGGCAGAUCAAUGCAGCUUUGAGAAAGCAAGCCAAAAUUGAGUCUUAUGCUCCUAGCCUGAGUUAUGCUCCCGUUGGUGGUAGGAUACUUGAAAAUGAAGUUAUUGUGGACCCAAGAAAGGAGGAGCUGAUUUCCAAAUUGAAAACUGGGAAGAACUUUCUAAGGAAUCAGGAGCCUGACAGAGCAUCUCUAGAAUUUAAGAUGGCUCUUGAGAUGUCCCAGAAUUUGAAGGAUCCUGUCGAGGAGAAAAAAGCUGCUAGAGGUUUAGGAGCCUCACUGCAAAGGCAGGGCAAGUACCGAGAAGCAAUUAAAUACCAUUCCAUGGUGUUAGACAUCUCUGAAAGAGAAGGAGAGGACUCUGGAAACACUGAAGCAUAUGGCGCAAUUGCUGAUUGUUAUACUGAGCUUGGAGACCUUGAGCGAGCUGGUCAGUUCUAUGACAAGUAUAUUUCAAGGUUGGAAAAGGAUUAACUAAUCAUUCUGCCAUGGUUAAGAUUUCUUCUUCAAUGAAAUGAUGACCGUAGAAUUGUUAUAGUUUACCAAUGCUGGCAUGUCACCACCAUCAGUUGCCUGCGGAAUUUUCAAUUCUUUCUUUCUACAUUUAUUUUAGUUGAGAGUUCUGUAUCAUUAUGACUGUAAACUCGUGAAAACUUUAUUGGCCGAGAAAAAUCUAUAAGAACUCUAGGGGCUGUCUGCGUUUGUAUGAUA